AUGUUCUUCCUCGAUAACCUCGCCAUUGGAUAUCCCCACGCAGAAAUCGAGCGCGUAUCAGUCGGUUGGCUACUCAUCUUCUCCGCCGCCGUUCCCCUCGGCCUCCUCGUCGCCUGGGCCCUUCUUUUCCGCCCGGGCUCCCACAAAGCCCACGUCACCAUCCUCGGUCUAAUCAUCAGCCUCAUCCUCACCAGCUUCAUCACCGACGUAAUCAAGAACGCCGUCGGCCGCCCCCGCCCCGACCUCAUCGCCCGCUGCAAACCCGCGCCUGGCACCCCCGCCCACCAACUCGUCACGUACAAAGUCUGCACCGAAACAGACCACCAUACUCUUCACGACGGCUGGCGCAGUUUCCCAAGCGGCCAUAGUAGCUUCGCCUUCAGCGGCCUCGGCUACCUCUCCCUCUUCCUCGCAGGCCAAUGCCACGUCUACCGUCCCCGCGCAGACCUCGCUCGCGUCCUCCUCGCUCUUGCGCCCCUCCUCGGCGCAGCCCUCAUCGCCAUCUCCCGCUGCGAAGACUACAGACACGACGUUUACGACGUCACCGUUGGGUCUCUGCUUGGUCUCGCCAUAGCGCAUUAUACCUACAGGAGAUAUUACCCUGCCCUCAGGAAUCGGCUCUGUGCUACCCCGUUUCCGAACCCGGCGGAUGAGAAGGGCUGGGGGAAGGUUAAGGGGGAUGAGGAGAGUGCGAGGGGGGUUCAGGAGGAUUAG